AUGCCAGCCGAUCAAACUGGACAAUUGUAUGUUGGAGACGCAAUAGUAGAAGUUAACGGAGAGCCAGUAGAAGGGCGAUCACACGAUGAGGUGGUAGAAAUGUUGAAGUCAGAAGGUGAAGAACUACGACUUGGGGUUAGACACUACUCAAACAUCGCUUCCUAUCUCAAACCUGCGCAAUCUCUGCAACCGGGAAGAUCCGGAGGUGCACUGGAUAAAAUUUACGAGCCGAACACAUGGAAGUCCGCGAUGAAAGCUCAGUCAGACUUGGGCCUCUACGAUGGCAAGGAAAAAUCUGCCGGGGCAGAAGGAAAAGAUGAGAAAUGGAAGACGAUCACAGUCAUACCACUUCCAAUGGCAUACUUAACACGGUACCUAUGGGGUACCGACAAUCUUAGAACUAACUCGUUUGAAGUACGUGCAGUUGAUGGGUCAUCUACUGGUAUAAUUCACUGCGAAGAUGCGCGAGCACUAGAGCAAUGGAUUGGACACAUAAACAAUCAUAUACAAUCGCUUAAUCACAAAAGCAUCAAAAUGAGCAACAAGUAUUUGCAUCAGAGCGAGCAG